GGAUCCAAAGGUCUUGAAUCGAGGAGUUGAAACACUAUUGUCGGGUGGGUUUUUUCCUCCCCCUCAUCUUUUCCGCUGGAGCUUUUCAAAAAGGGUUCGCCAAUUUUACCAUUAGACGUCCGUUAUUUGUAAAUACAAAGGCGGCGUUCCAGCCUGGGUCCUGGACCCGGAGGCUGCCCCGGGGAGCGUGGGCCAGCCCGCUCCCGCCCGCCGGAGGCCAUGGAGGACGAGGAGAGACAGAAGAAGCUGGAGGCUGGCAAGGCGAAGCUUGCCCAGUUUCGUCAAAGAAAAGCUCAGUCUGAUGGGCAGAAUCCUCCUAAGAAGCAAAAAAAAAAGAGAAAAACCUCAAGCAGUAAAAAUGAUGUACAUGGCUUGAAUAUUGAUCAAUCACAGAGUGAUGAGAUGUACAUAAAUAGUUCUCAGGGAGUAGGAUCAGUCGUGACUCCUGAAUCCACAAUAAAGAGAACUCUGCACAGUGGAGAAGUAAUCAAGCAUGAUCAGAUCUUCUCUGUUGAACCGGAAAGUGAAAUUUCAACCACAGCAGAUGAUUAUAGCUCAGAGGUAAAUGGUUGCAGUUUUUUGGUGAAAACAGGAAAGCCUACAAAUUUAUUAAGGGAAGAAGAAUUUGGUGUUGAUGAUUCUUAUUCUGAACAAGGUACACAAUAUAGUCAGACCCAUCUAGAAAUGAUGGAAAAUGAAUUGGCUGGGAAACAGCAUGAGAUUGAAGAGCUAAACAAAGAACUAGAAGAAAUGAGAGCCACCUAUGGGACUGAAGGACUGCAGCAGUUACAAGAGUUUGAAGCUGCCAUUAAACAAAGAGAUGGCAUCAUAACCCAGCUUACUGCUAAUUUACAGCAAGCAAGAAGAGAAAAGGAUGAGACAAUGAGAGAGUUUUUAGAGUUGACAAAGCAGAGUCAAAAAUUACAGAUUCAGUUCCAGCAUUUGCAGGCUAGUGAAACUCUGAGAAACAGCACUCAUAGUAGCACAGCUGCUGAUUUACUACAAGCCAAACAACAGAUCCUGACUCAUCAGCAGCAGCUAGAAGAACAAGACCAUCUACUAGAAGACUAUCAGAAAAAGAAAGAAGAUUUCAAAAUGCAAAUCAAUUUCUUAGAAGAAAAAAUUAAAGUAUUUGAAAUGGAGCAAGAUAAAAAAGUAGAAAACUCAAAUAAAAAAGAAAUACAGGAAAAAGAGGCAAUUAUUGAAGCAUUAAAUACAAAAGUAAUAGAAGAAGAAAGAAAAACUCUUGAGCUAAAGGAUAAAAUAACAGCUACUGAUAAAUUACUAGGAGAAUUACAAGAACAGGUUGUACAAAAGAACCAAGAGAUAAGAAAUAUAAAAUUAGAGUUGACUAAUUCUAAGCAAAAAGAAAGACAGUGUUCUGAGGAAAUAAAACAUUUAAUGGGGACAGUUGAAGAACUUCAGAAGAGAAAUCAUAAAGAUAGCCAAUUUGAAAUUGACACAGUGCAGAGAAUGGAACAAGAAACACAAAGAAAGUUAGAACAACUUCGAGCAGAGCUAGAUGAGAUGUAUGGGCAGCAGAUAGUACAGAUGAAGCAAGAAUUAAUAAAACAACAUUUGUCACAGAUACAGGAACUUAAAACACGUCAAAAAGGAGAAAUGGAGACUGCUUUAAAAUCAUAUUCAAAUAUUACAGUGAAUGAAGAUCAAGUAAAGUUAAUGAAUGUGGCAAUAAAUGAACUGAAUAUAAAACUACAAGAUAGUAACACUCAAAAGGAAAAACUCAAGGAACAGCUAGGAGUAGUUUCAGGAGAAAAGUCUGCUUUGCAGGGACAGCUUGAAGACCUCUUUGAAGAAUUGAGCUUUUUAAGGGAUCAGAUUCAAAGAGCUAGACAAACAAUAGCUGAACAGGAAAGCAAACUGAAUGAAGCACAUAAGUCUCUUAGUACAGUGGAAGAUUUGAAAGCUGAGAUUUUUUCUGCAUCCGAAUCCAGGAAGGAAUUAGAGUUAAAACAUGAAGCUGAAGUUACAAAUUACAAGAUAAAACUUGAAAUGUUAGAAAAAGAAAAGAAUGCUGUGUUAGACAGAAUGGCUGAAUCACAAGAAGCUGAAUUAGAGAGGCUGAGAACACAGCUCCUGUUUAGUCAUGAAGAAGAACUUUCUAAACUAAAGGAAGAUUUAGAAAUUGAGCAUCGAAUAAAUAUUGAAAAACUUAAAAGUAACUUAGGCAUUCACUAUAAACAGCAGUUAGAUAGCUUACAAAAUGAAAUGAGUCAAAAGAUAGAGACAAUGCAGUUUGAAAAAGACAGUUUGAUAACUAAGCAGAAUCAGUUAAUUUUGGAAAUUUCAAAGCUAAAAGAUUUACAGCAGUCCCUUUUGAAUUCAAAGUCAGAAGAAAUGACUCUUCAAAUCAGUGAACUUCAAAAAGAAAUUGAAGUACUCAGACAAGAAGAAAAGGAAAAGGGUACUCUUGAACAAGAAGUUCAAGAAUUACAACUUAAAACCGAAUUCUUGGAGAAGCAAAUGAAAGAAAAAGAGCAUGAUCUUCAAGAAAAAUUUGUACAACUUGAAGCAGAGAAUAGCAUUCUUAAAGAUGAGAAGAAAGCCCUUGAAGAUAUGUUGAAAACUUAUACUCCUGCUAACCAACAAGAAAGACUGAUUUUUAUAGACUCCCUUAAGUCCAAAUCCAAAGACUAUAACUGGCAAAAAGAAAUAGAAAUUCUUACAGAGGAGAACAAGGACCUCAAACAACAAUGUAUUCAGUUAAAUGAAGAGAUUGAAAAGCAAAGGAAUACUUUCUCAUUUGCUGAAAAAAACUUUGAAGUUAACUAUCAAGAGUUACAGGAAGAAUAUGCUUGCCUUCUCAAGGUAAAAGAUGAUUUAGAAGAUAGUAAAAAUAAACAAGAAUUAGAAUAUGAAGGUAAACUUAAAGCACUUAAUGAAAAGCUUCAUUUGCAAAGAAUAAAUCCAGAUAUGGUGAAAGUGAAAAGUUCCAUCUUUAAUGUUGAUAACACUUUUGUAACAGAGCCAGUGGAAAUUGGUGAGGUUGUUGAAAAAGAUACAACAGAACUUAUGGAAAAACUUGAGGUAACCAAGCGAGAAAAAUUAGAACUUACAGAAAAGCUAUUGACUCUCUCUGAACAAUUAAAACGGAAACAUGGCGAGGUUACUUUAAUGAAUGAGGAAGUUAAAUCUCUAAAGCAGGAGAAGGAACAACUUUUAUUGAGAUGUAGAGAGCUAGAAGUCACGAUUAACCAUAAUGCAGAAAAGGUAAAUGAGUGUGAUGUUAAAGUAAAAGAUGGAGUUGUGACAAGGACAGGCAAGUAUUCUGGAGGAUCAGUUUUUGAAGUAAGUGAAGAUUUUGAUGAAGAAUCAAAAAUACUGUUGAAAGAUAAAAUCCCUUUUGAAAAUAUGACUAGUAGAAAAGAAAGCAAGCAAGAACAGUUGUUUUUGUCAUCAGUAAUAAGUGAAUCAUGGCUUGAGACGUCUGAACCAAAUGAAAAUGGUAGACUCCAGCAGGAGCUUCAUAUACUUAAAGCAGAACAGAAUGACUUAAGGCUACAGAUGGAAGCCCAGCGCAUAUGCCUUUCCCUGGUUUAUUCAGUGCAUGUGGAUCAGGUCCGUGAAUAUAUGGAAAAUGAAAAAGAUAAAGCUCUUUGCAUCCUUAAAGAAGAGCUUAUUUCUGCUCAAGAGGAAAAGAUCAAAGAACUUCAGAAAAUACACCAGUUAGAGCUACAAAACAUGAAAACACAAGAAACAGGUAAUGAAGCAAGGCCUUUACACAUACUUAUUGGAAGACUGCAGAAGGCGGUGUCUGAAGAAUGUUCUGAUAUGUCAAAGACUUUAUGCAAUGUCUUUGGUGAAUAUUAUUCUCCUACUUUAAAAUGUGAAGUCAGUAUGGAAGAGAGAGAGAAGUCUGGUGUUUACACUUCCGAAAAUCAAGAACCAGAAUUCCAAAAUUACAGAUACAAAGUUGAAGACUUUCAAGAAAACAUGCAAACGCUUCUCAGCAAGGUAGCAGAAGAAUACAACAAACUCUUGGUACUCCAGACACGAUUAAGCAAGGUUCAAAGACGACAAACAGACGGUGUAAAACUUGAAUUUACCAAAGACGCCCUUUCGAAAGAGGAAACUGAGUUUUUAUCAGCCCAUUCUCAGAUGACCAAUUUGCAAAGCUUUGAUGUCAAUCAUCAAAGCACAUUAUCUUCCCUGCAAGAUAUAGAAAAAAUGAAACAUCUUGAAGAACAAGUUCAGGACUUAGAAAACCUCAUAUCUUCUUUACAUCAACAAUUGAAAAAAAAUGAAGAAAACCAUGGGGUAGAGAUUCAGUCUUUGCAGGAGAGGCUACAAGCUGUUAGUGAGCUCAGAGUUCAACCAAGCUCUUGCGUUGAUUCAACGGUAAUAAAAGAAUCUGAUGGACAGAAAACAGUAUAUGCUGGAAGUUAUCUAAAGGAGAAUAUUGAUGAUCCGAUAGAGUUUUCCGGUGAAUUUGGAGUGAAGCGAGACACAAAUAUGGUUAAGUUGCUAGAAAAACAGUACCAAGAACGAUUGGAAGAAGAAGUAGCUAAGGUCAUUGUAUCAAUGAGUGUAGCAUUUGCCCAACAAACUGAACUGUCUAGACUAUCUGGGGGAAAUGAAAAUACAUCUUCAAAACAAGUAUAUGCUCUCUGUCAGCUGGAAGAAGAACGUUUUAAUGAAAGAAAAUUAUCACAGGGUCAAGUUGGUCUUCAAACUUUUGAGGAAAUGGAAAUGAAAUUUAAAAAAGAGUCUAAACCACUUAGUAAAGAGUUAGGAGGAAAUGGAAAGGAAAUUGUGUUACCAAAUAAUGAUGAUUUUGAUGAUGUGCUAGAAGUGAAGGACCAUGGACUGACUAUUUCAGAAGAAAUAUUCUCUAAAGAUGAAGCAUUUAUAGUCAGAGAAUCUACCCACGAUGAGAUGCUGGUAUCAAGCAUGAACGCUUCUAGACAGCUGAUGUUAAAUGAAGAACAGUUGGAAGAUAUGAGGCAGGAACUUGUGCGACAGUAUGAAGAACAUCAGCAGGCAACAGAAUUGUUGAGGCAGGCACACAUGCGCCAGAUGGAGAGACAGCGAGAAGACCAGGAGCAGCUACAAGAAGAGAUUAAGAGACUUCAUAGACAGUUAGCCCAGAGAUCCUCAAUAGAUAAUGAAAACCUGGUUUCAGAGAGAGAGAGGGUGCUUUUAGAGGAGCUGGAAGCACUAAAGCAGCUGUCUUUAGCUGGAAGAGAGAAGCUGUGUUGUGAGCUGCGCAACAGCAGUACGCAAACACAGAAUGGAAAUGAAAACCAAGUUGAAGCUGAGGAGCAGAUGUUUAAGGAGAAGGAGUUGGACAGUAAACCUGAAGAUGUGCCUCCUGAUAUUCUGCCCAAUGAGAGGUAUGCACUCCAGAAAGCUAAUAACAGACUCUUGAAGAUCCUCUUAGAAGUUGUAAAGACAACAGCAGCUGUGGAAGAAACAAUUGGCCGCCAUGUCCUUGGGAUUCUAGAUAGAUCUUGUAAAGGCCAGUCAUCCAGCAAUCUAGUUUGGAGGUCAGAAGCAGAGGCACCUGUAACAUCAUGUGUCCAAGAGGAACAUACAAGAGCUACAGAUGAAUCCAUACCCUCUUAUCAUGGAAGUGACAUGCCAAAGAAUGACAACAGCAUGUGGUCGAAAGUAACUGAGGAAGGAACAGACCUGUCGCAGCGACUUGUAAGGAGUGGCUUUGCAGGAACUGAGAUAGACCCUGAAAAUGAAGAGCUUAUGCUGAACAUUAGCUCUCGACUACAAGCAGCAGUUGAAAAACUUCUAGAAGCAAUAAGUGAAACCAGUAGUCAGCUCGAACAUGCGAAAGUUACACAGACAGAGUUGAUGCGUGAGUCAUUUAGACAGAAAGAAGAAACAACAGAAUCCCUCAAGUGCCAAGAAGAACUGCGAGAGCGCCUUCAUGAGGAGUCCAGGGCCAGAGAACAGCUGGCUGUGGAGCUCAGUAAGGCUGAGGGUGUCAUUGAUGGUUAUGCAGAUGAAAAAACUCUUUUUGAAAGGCAAAUUCAGGAAAAAACUGAUAUAAUAGAUCAUCUUGAACAGGAGUUGUUGUGUGCAGGUAAUAGAUUGCAAGAAUUGGAAGCAGAGCAGCAGCAGAUCCAGGAAGAAAGAGAAUUACUGUCCAGACAGAAGGAGGCUAUGAAGGCAGAGGCGGGCCCAGUUGAACAGCAGUUACUACAGGAGACAGAAAAACUAAUGAAGGAAAAGCUAGAAGUACAGUGUCAAGCAGAAAAAGUACGUGAUGACCUUCAAAAGCAAGUGAAAGCUCUCGAAAUAGAUGUUGAAGAACAAGUCAGUAGGUUUAUAGAGCUGGAACAAGAGAAAAAUGCUGAACUAAUGGAUUUAAGACAGCAAAACCAAGCACUGGAAAAGCAGUUAGAAAAAAUGAGAAAAUUUUUAGAUGAGCAAGCUAUUGAUAGAGAACAUGAGAGGGAUGUAUUCCAACAGGAAAUACAGAAACUGGAACAGCAGCUGAAGGUUGUACCUCGAUUUCAGCCUGUCAGUGAACAUCAAACUAGGGAGGUUGAACAGUUAACAAAUAAUCUGAAAGAAAAAACAGACAAGUGCAGCGAGCUUUUGCUAUGUAAAGAGCAGCUUCAGAGAGAUGUACAAGAACGGAAUGAAGAAAUUGAAAAACUGGAGUUCAGAGUAAGAGAACUGGAGCAGGCUUUACUCGUUAGUGCUGAUACUUUUCAAAAGGUGGAAGACAGAAGACAACUUGGAGCUGUAGAAGCCAAAGCAGAAUUGUCUCUAGAAGUACAGUUACAGGCUGAGCGAGAUGCUAUAGAUAGAAAGGAAAAAGAGAUUACAAACUUAGAAGAACAAUUAGAGCAGUUUAGAGAAGAACUGGAAAAUAAGAAUGAAGAGGUUCAGCAACUCCAUAUGCAAUUAGAAAUACAGAAAAAGGAAUCUACUACCCGCCUACAAGAACUUGAACAAGAAAACAAAUUAUUUAAGGAUGAAAUGGAGAAACUGGGACUUGCCAUAAAGGAAUCUGAUGCUAUCUCUACUCAAGACCAACAUGUGUUAUUUGGAAAAUUUGCUCAAAUAAUACAAGAAAAAGAGGUAGAAAUUGGUCAAUUAAAUGAGCAAAUUAUAAAACUUCAGCAGCAACUUAAACAUGCAAUAGAUAACAAGGUUAUUGAAGGAAAAAAUGAACUUAUACGGGAUCUUGAAACCCAAAUAGAAUGUUUGCUGAGUGAUCAAGAAUGUGUGAAGAAAAAUAGAGCAGAAGAAAUAGAGCAGCUCAAUGAAGUGAUUGAAAAACUUCAACAGGAAUUGUCAAAUAUUGAACAGAAGACUUCAGUGUAUGCUAAUUCCCUUCCAGAAGAAGCAGACAGCUUAAAGCAUCAGUUAGAUAAAGUUAUAGCUGAAAAACUGGCUUUGGAACAGCAAGUAGAAACCACUAAUGAAGAAAUGGCCUUCACAAAAAAUGUACUUAAGGAAACCAAUUUUAAAAUGAAUCAACUAACACAAGAAUUAUGCACUUUGAAGAGAGACUGUGAAAAUAAGGGGGAAAUCCAAAAUGUACCAGCGAAAAGUGUUUCUGUGGCUCUGGAUGAGCUCAGCGAAGAAAAACCUGAACUGGGAGUAGUCCUUAGUGAGGAUGUUUUCAGUCCCCUAGAAAAUCAGAUUUACCUCCAGUCUUUGGAAGAAAGCACCAGACUUUCCAGAAGUUGGGAAACAAAAUUGCUACAACUUGAGAGCUCUGUUAGUACAAAGGACUUAGAACUUAUCCAGUGUUAUAAAAAAAUAAAGGACAUGCAAGAGCAAGGCCAGUCGGAAACAGAAAUGCUUCAAAAGAAGAUUGUACACCUACAAAAAAUACUCGAGGAGAAAGUAGCUGCUGCCCUUGUGAGUCAGGCCCAGCUUGAGGCAGUUCAGGAAUGUAUGAAGUUCUGUCGGGAUAGGCAAACAAUUUCAUCAGAACCUGAAAGGAUUAGUGUACACAAUUCAGAUCAAAUAACAGAAAACAAGGUGAAUUCAGAUGUGCCCAAACUAAUCUUGAGAAUAUCAGAAUUAGAAAGCCAGGUGGUAGCCAUGCACAGUAGUUUGAUUUCAGAAAAAGAACAAGUAGAAAUUGCAGAGAAAAAUGUUUUGGAAAAAGAAAGGAAACUGCUAGAACUACAGAAGGAAUUGGAAGACAGUAAGAAAAAACAGGAAAUGAAAGAAAGGAAAAGAAGCCCUCAAGGAGAUUUUGAAGUUCUCAAGACUGCUACUGAGGUCACUCAUACUGGUGGAGAAAAUGCACUUUUUGAUGAACUUGAGGCUUUUAAAGCUGAGUCAGUGGCUACCAACAAAAAACUUGCCAGUUACAAAGAGAAGGUAGACAGACUACAAGAAGAGCUUUCGAUAAAAGAAAUAAAUAUGGCAUCUCUUCAGAAAGAUUUAAGCCAAGUUAGGGAUCAGCUCACAGAGGCAGAAGACAAGUUAUCUCACUUCCUAGUAAAAGGAGAUAAAACUAAGAUACAAGAAAACAGAAAGGUCUGCAUAUUGGAGCCACUUCCUAUUAAAGUAGAUGCUGCAUCCCAGACACAGGGGACUCUCACGGUCAAUAGCAGCAGUCAAACUCCACAGAUAUUUGUUAGAAAUACAGCAAUUCAAAUUGAUUUACAAAAUGAAUCCUCAGAAGAAGUCUCUGAAAUAGUAAGUCAGUUUACUGAAAAAAUUGAGCAGAUGCAAGAAUUACAUGCUGCUGAAAUUUUGGAUAUGGAAUCCAGACAUAUUUCAGAAACUGAAACUUUGAAGAAGGAACAUUAUGUUGCUGUUCAGUUACUGACAGAGGAGUGUGAGACUUUGAAGGCAGUGCUACAGUGCCUGAGAUCUAAAGAGGAAUCUUCAGUUCAUUCUAAUACUUGCCAAACUAGAGAAAUAUGUUUGAAUGAUUCUGGAUCAGAUUGGGGUCACGGAAUUUUUCUUACACAAAGUCAGGGAUUUGACACAGGGUCAGAAGGCAGAGAAGAAGAAGUUGAAGGGUCAACAGAUUCAUUUCCAAGGAAAAUAAAGGGAUUGCUGAGAGCUGUUCAUAACGAGGGCAUGCAGGUGCUUUCUCUCACGGAGUCCCCUUAUGGUGAAGGGGAGGAUCAUUGUGUUCAGCAAGUUUCAGAAUCCUGGCUUGAAGAGAGAAGGGCAUACCUUAGUAUGAUCUCAUCUCUUAAGGAUUUAAUUACCAAAAUGCAAGUGCAAAGAGAAGCUGAGGUUUAUGACGAUUCUCAGUCUCCUGAGAAUCUCUCUGACUGGCGAGGUGACCUCUUGCUUGCCUUUCAACACGUUUUCCUAAAGGAGCGCAGCAUUUUACUGGCUGCCUUUCAGACCGAGCUCACAGCUUUAGGUACCAGAGAUGCUGUUGGAUUACUAAGCUGCUUGGAACAGAGAAUACAAGAACAGGGUAUUGAAUAUCAAGCCGCUAUGGAAUGUGUCCAAAAAGCAGAUAGAAAGAGUUUGUUAUGUGAAAUUCAAGCACUGCGUGCUCAAAUGAAUGGUAGGAAAAUGACCCUGAAAAGAGAGCAGGAGAGUGAUAAACCUAGCCAAGAACUCUUGGAAUAUAAUAUGCAACAGAAGCAGUCUCAAAUUCUGGAGAUGCAAGUGGAGCUCAGCAGUGUGAAAGACAAAGCAUCCGAACUCCAGGAACAACUGAGUUCAGAAAAAAUGGUGGUUGCUGAGCUAAAAAGUGAACUUGCACAAACGAAACUAGAACUAGAGACAACGCUCAAGGCACAGCAUAAGCACCUAAAAGAGUUAGAAGCCUUCAGAUUGGAAGUUAAAGAUAAGACAGAUGAAGUACAUCUGCUUAAUGAUACAUUAGCAAAUGAACAGAAAAAGUCAAGAGAGCUCCAGUGGGCUUUGGAGAAAGAAAAAGCCAGAUUGGGACACAGUGAAGAGAAGGAAAAAGACGAACUCGAGGACCUGAAAUUUUCACUUGAGGACCAGAAACAGAGGAAUAUUCAGCUAAAUCUACUUUUGGAACAACAGAAACAACUGCUCCAUGAAUUACAGCAGAAAAUGGAAUCACAAAGACUGCUACAUGAUGCUGAGUUAUCAGAAGAGCAGGGCCGAAACUUAGAGCUUCAAGUACUCCUUGAUUCUGAGAAAGUCCGAAUUGAGGAACUAAGUGGUGCCCUAGUUAGGGAGCGGGAACUGCGGACCCAGCUGCAGAGCAGUGACGAGGGUGGCCAGCUACAUCCACCCUUGCCCUCGGAAGACCUCCUGAAGGAGCUGCAGAAACAGCUGGAGGAGAAGCAUAGCCGUAUAGUGGAAUUGUUAAGUGAGACUGAAAAAUACAAACUGGACUCUUUGCAAACAAGACAGCAAAUGGAAAAAGACAGACAGGUUCAUAAGAAGACACUGCAGACAGAGCAAGAGGCCAACACUGAGGGACAGAAAAAAAUGCAUGAACUGCAGUCUAAAGUAGAAGAUCUUCAGCACCAGCUAGAAGAGAAAAGGCAACAAGUUUAUAAGUUAGACCUUGAAGGAAAGCGACUACAAGGAAUUAUGCAAGAAUUCCAAAAGCAAGAACUAGAACGAGAAGAAAAACGAGAAAGACGAAUUCUGUAUCAGAAUCUUAAUGAGCCAACCAGUUGGAGCGUGACUAAUGAUCGGACUCGAAAUUGGGUUCUUCAACAGAAAAUAGAAGGAGAUACGAAAGAAUCAAACUACCUUAAAUUGACUGUAAUGAAUGGAGGAGAAACUGGCUACAAACAUGAAUUAGAAGUGGUCAGACAAAAGCUUGAGCGUGUUGCUUCGAGCCUACAGCACCUGUCCCAGAAAGCCUCCAACAGGCUACAGUUUGAAACAGCAGAUGUCGAAACUUUCAUUUGGGUUCAGGAAAAUAUUGAUGGAAUUAUUUUACAACUACAGAAAUACAUUGGCCAGCCAGGUGAAGAGCCCAGCUUAGUGUCCCCAAGUGCUUCUUGUGGCUCAUUGACUGAAAGACUGCUGAGACAGAAUGCUGAGCUGACAGGACAUAUCAGCCAGCUUACUGAAGAAAAGAAUGGUUUGAGGAACACGGUUAUGAAGCUAGAAGAGCGGAUAAGGUGCUACCGACAGGCAGGAGCUGCUGGAGAUUGUUGUUCUAGGUUUUCAUUGGGUGGUGGAUCCAACAUUGAUGCCAUCAUUGCUUCCGAAAAAGAAAUAUGGAACAGAGAGAAAUCGACUCUCCAGAAAUCCUUGAAAAGGGCAGAAGCAGAAGUGCAUAAACUGAAAGCUGAACUAAGAAAUGAUACUUUACUCCAGAAUCUGAGCCCCGAUUCUGAACAUGUCACCUUAAAGAGAAUUUAUGGUAAAUACUUGAGGGCAGAAAGUUUUCGGAAGGCUCUCAUCUAUCAAAAGAAAUACCUGCUGCUGUUACUGGGUGGGUUCCAAGAAUGCGAAGAUGCCACCCUGGCACUGCUUGCCCGCAUGGGGGGACAGCCAGCCUUCACUGACCUAGAAGUGAUCACCAAGCGCCCACGGGGCUUCACCAGGUUUCGUUCAGCUGUCAGAGUGUCCAUCGCAAUUUUGAGAAUGAAAUUCUUGGUUCGUCGGUGGCACCGAGUCACAGGUUCUGAUUCCAUCAAUAUUAACAGAGAUGGCUUUGGGCUGCAUCCAGGUGCUGAAAAAAUGGAUCCAUUUUAUCACUCUUCUGGUGGGUUGGAGCUGUAUGGAGAAGCAAGACAUACGACAUACCGCUCAAGAUCAGAUCUGGAAUAUCCUAGGUCUCCCUUACCAUUUCAAAAUAGGUACUCAGGCACUCCAGCUGAUUUAAAUCCUGGUUCCCUAGCAUGUUCUCAGCUUCAGAAUUAUGAUCCUGACAGAGCUCUGACAGAUUAUAUCACCCGGCUAGAGGCGCUACAAAGACGACUCGGAACUGUGCAGUCAGGUUCAACCAUUCAUUUUCAUACUGGGAUGAGAAGAUAAUCCUUUGAAACAUUAAAUGAAGUGAUUUU